CCCCAGCCUGCCUAGGUGCUGGGAGCCGGGAGCUGGAUUAUGGUGGCCUGAGCAGCCGACGCAGCCGCAGGAGCUGGGAGUCCCUCACGCUGCAAAGUCCGCCUGGAAGACCCUGAAAGCUGCAGGCUCCGAUAGCCAUGCCCGCCCCUCCCAGCCCCACAAGGGGCCCGAUCCCCCCGCUGAGGCUGGCGGUCGCCGUCCAGAUGUAGCUGGGUCCCCCGGAUCGCCAUCGUCCUCUUCUCUCGUGCGCUACAGAUUUCUCCUGCCCACUCUCCACCGCCGGGAGCAGGAACUGAGCGAGGGGCCUGCAGACUCUGCAGUCCUGAUGCCCCCGAGGCCGCUCUCCUGAGAGAAGCCACCACCACCCAGACUUAGGGGCAGGCAAGAGGGACAGUCGCCAACCGGAGCCACAAGGCCCGGGCUCACCAUGGCCCCGGCGCUGCGCUGGCUCCUGCUAUGGGUGGGCUCGGGAAUGCUGCCUGCCCAGGGAACCCAUCUCGGUAUCCGACUGCCCCUUCGCAGCGGCCUGGCAGGGCCACCCCUGGGCCUGAGGCUGCCCCGGGAGACGGACGAGGAACCUGAGGAGCCUGGCCGGAGAGGCAGCUUUGUGGAGAUGGUGGACAACCUGAGGGGAAAGUCCGGCCAGGGCUACUAUGUGGAGAUGACCGUGGGCAGCCCCCCACAGACGCUCAACAUCCUGGUGGACACGGGCAGUAGUAAUUUUGCAGUGGGGGCUGCCCCACACCCUUUCCUGCAUCGAUACUACCAAAGGCAGCUGUCCAGUACAUACCGAGACCUCCGAAAGUCUGUGUAUGUGCCCUACACCCAGGGCAAGUGGGAGGGGGAACUGGGCACUGACCUGGUGAGCAUCCCUCAUGGCCCCAACGUCACUGUGCGUGCCAACAUUGCUGCCAUCACUGAAUCGGACAAGUUCUUCAUCAAUGGUUCCAACUGGGAGGGCAUCCUAGGGCUGGCCUAUGCUGAGAUUGCCAGGCCUGACGACUCCUUGGAGCCCUUUUUUGACUCCCUGGUGAAGCAGACCCACAUUCCGAACAUCUUUUCCCUGCAGCUCUGUGGCGCUGGCUUCCCCCUCAACCAGACUGAGGCACUGGCCUCGGUGGGAGGGAGCAUGAUCAUUGGUGGUAUCGACCAUUCCCUAUACACUGGCAGUCUCUGGUACACACCCAUCCGGCGGGAGUGGUAUUAUGAAGUGAUCAUUGUACGUGUAGAAAUCAAUGGUCAAGAUCUGAAAAUGGACUGCAAGGAGUACAACUAUGACAAGAGCAUCGUGGACAGUGGCACCACCAACCUUCGUUUGCCCAAGAAAGUAUUUGAAGCUGCAGUCAAGUCCAUCAAGGCAGCCUCCUCGACGGAGAAGUUCCCGGAUGGCUUUUGGCUAGGGGAGCAGCUGGUGUGCUGGCAAGCAGGCACGACCCCUUGGAACAUUUUCCCAGUCAUUUCACUUUACCUCAUGGGUGAAGUCACCAAUCAGUCCUUCCGCAUCACCAUCCUUCCUCAGCAAUACCUACGGCCAGUGGAAGAUGUGGCCACGUCCCAAGACGACUGUUACAAGUUCGCCGUCUCACAGUCAUCCACAGGCACCGUUAUGGGAGCGGUCAUCAUGGAAGGCUUCUAUGUGGUCUUUGAUCGAGCCCGAAAGCGAAUUGGCUUUGCUGUCAGCGCUUGCCAUGUGCACGAUGAGUUCAGGACGGCGGCAGUGGAAGGUCCGUUUGUCACGGCAGACAUGGAAGACUGUGGCUACAACAUUCCACAGACAGAUGAGUCGACACUUAUGACCAUAGCCUAUGUCAUGGCUGCCAUCUGCGCCCUCUUCAUGUUGCCACUCUGCCUCAUGGUAUGUCAGUGGCGCUGCCUACGCUGCCUGCGCCAUCAGCAUGAUGACUUUGCUGAUGACAUCUCCCUGCUGAAAUAAGGAGGCCAGUGGGCAGAUGACAGAGAUCCCCCUGGACCACAUCUGGGUGGUUCCCUUUGGUCACGUGAGUUGGAGAUAUGGAUGGUACCUGUGGCCAGAGCACCUCAGGACCCUCACCAACCUGCCGAAUGCUUCUGCCUUGACAGAAAAGAGACAGCUGGCAAGCUGGAUUACAGGGCUUGCAAGGCCUGUAGGAAACAGGAGGGAGAAAGCAGCAUUCUGGUG